ACUUAGGCUAUGUUCACUGUGUAAGUACACCCUUAUCGUACGGGAGUGAGUUAAAUAUGUGCUGUGUUCCAUGGAGAAUACACGUGUGUUUUGUGAAUCGAUCAUGAUUUUGUGACCAUGGGGACUGAAAAAUGGAUUACGCCGUUUUUAAAGCAGUGUUUCGUGACUGCGGGCGUGUCCCUGAACAUGGCAGGGUCCGGCCUGGUGGUGGGGUUCACCACGGCGUUGCUGCAGCAGCUGAAGAGUCCAGGGUCCAUUAUACCUAUUGAUGAUACUUCUGGCUCCUGGAUAGCGGCAAUACCCGGCAUCUCCCUGGUCUUCGGCAACUUCAUAGCUCCAACAACGAUGUCCAGAUACGGCCGAAAAUCAGCCAACCUCAUCACCAUAGUUCCACUCAUGGUCGGCUGGGCUGCCAUCUACUUCGCCACGAACAUCACCGUUCUUCUCCUGGCUAGGUUUCUUCAAGGACUUUGUAUGGGAAUGUGCACAUCAUUAGCAUCUGUCCUGCUAGGAGAAUACACCAGUCCGAAGAACAGGGGAGUGUUUCUAAUGACCAUUUCGGUGUCAAUUGCCAUGGCAGUGAUGUCUGUCCAUUGUUUGGGAUCCUACUUCAGUUGGCAGACCACAGCAUUGGUUUGUGGGUGCAUAUCCUUCGUAGAUCUCUUCAUACUUAUUUAUUCGCCCGAAUCUCCCAGCUGGUUGGCUGAGAAGGGGAAAUAUGAUGCCUGUAAACAGUCAUUUAGGUGGCUAAGAGGAGAUCAAGAAGAAGAGGAACUUAGAAGAAUCAUUGAAGCGAGCAUACAUCUUAGAGAGGCGAAAGCAGAAAUGAGAAAAACUAAAUCCGUGAUAAAGAAAUUCAGAAACAAAGUAGAUGACUUCAAAAUGACAGUGAAGAAGAAAGAGUUUUUGAAACCUAUAAUUAUUAUGAUACACAUUUACAUUCUAGGCCAAUGGAGUGGCAUAAACAUGCUAGUAGCAUACCCUAUAGACUUAUUUAAGAAAAUGGUUGGAAAAGACUGCAAUAUACCACUAUUAGUACUUACUUUAGACGUACAUAGGAUAAUAGCGAACACAACAGCGUUGUAUGUGAUACAGAAAGUGAAAAGACGAACUAUUUUAGGUGUUACUGUUUGUAUCAAUAUUAUGGCUUUGCUUGCAAGUGCUGCGUACUCUUACUCAAAAGAAAAUGGUUAUAUGCCUGCAGAUGAGUUCAGUAUAGGCAUAAGUAUAGUCCAUAUUCAUAUGUUUGCAGUAGCCACUGGUUCUUUACCUCUCUGCUUCAUCAUAGCAGGUGAAAUAUUCCCCUUAGAAUACCGAAGUUUGGCUGGUGGGAUUAGCGUGUUAUUUUACUCAACUAAUUUAUUUGUUACUAUCAAAACUGUUCCUCUAUUACUAAGUACUAUAGAUUUGUAUGGCACGUAUAUUUUGUAUGCGUCGUUAAUGGUGUAUAGUUUAGUGGUCGUAUGGUAUUUGCUGCCGGAGACAAAGGAUAGGACUCUGCAGGACAUAGAAGAUGAGUUUAGGGGUAGACCACUGUCUCCCGAAGAGUUGAAGUCAGUGCAAUCGUUGGCGUCUUUAAGAGCAUAUACUACGGAUAGGAGAUGUAGCAAUCCAGUUGUUGUAUGAGAGGUAACAAAAGGAUGUUAUGUGCAAAUAGCUUGAAAAAUAUGGUGCCUUAUUAAAAGAAACACUAUUUGAACAAAUUCUACAAAAUCGUAUUGUGACAUUUAUCCAAUUAAUGUAGCCUGAUGUUCAUAUAAAUUAUAUGUAAAUGACAAUUAUUCAUAGUUAAAGUAGUAGUGCAUGAAGUAUGGUCAGUUUUACUACCAAACUAAUGAAAUUUCUGAUUCUUUGCGACCAAAACAAAAAAAUAUAUCUCGCAUUCUCGUCAAGUUUUAUGUUAAGCCGUUUAUAGAAACUACAAAACUAACGUUUUCUCGUAUCUGUGGAUAUCACGCUAUUUAGCCAUGGAUACACAAGCCACUAUUACACGGACCGUGAUUAAUCUCAUUAGUCGCUCUGCCUACCGAUAGUCGGCGUAUGCGCAUACAACUAUGCGACUUUAAUUUGCUACUGCAUAGUAAGUUAAUGUACCUAUUAUCAAGCCUGUAUUUUUAAGUAGGCAGGGAAUUUCAACCUAAUAUUUUCAAUAUUUUUUUUUUUGUACAAAAAUACGGUAUCUUCCCAGUCGCUCCCACAUGUUUUGUGGUCAAGUGGUCAGUCGGAAAUAAAAUUCCUAUUGAUUCGGGGUCAAUAUACAAUAUGACAUACUCGUUUAAAAAUACUCAAAACUAUGUGACAAAAUGGUGCUUAAAAGUUGUAAAUAUAAUUUAUUUUUUAUAUUAAAUUACUUAAAAUUAGCUUUAAGAUGACAUAGAAACUGUCGAGACAGGAUUGUAUACAGGUAAAUAAAGGACAUAUUCAAACCAAA